AUGUUCCAUAGCAGCACUCAGGCCCCCGUCCAUCUGCCUGCAGAGCCCGCGCCUGGCGACGAGGCACAGCUCCCGCGCGGAGAAUGCGGCUUCAUCAUCCCACCGUCUGAGGGCAAUGGCGCCCGCCAGCGUUGCCCUUGCCGUAGCUUCUAUCCAGAUUCCCUCAUCCGCUCUCGCUGUGGGUGCGGACACCAGGCCUGGAACCAUGAGGCUCAGCCAAUCUCGACCGUGUCAAUGGAGGCAUACCUACAUGCCGUAGAACAAAUGAAGCGACUGAAGCAAGAGGUGCAGCGUUUCGAGACGCUCGAGCAACAUUUAAAGCAGGAGCUGUUCAGAGAGCGUCUGGCUCGAGAAGAGCUGGUACGGACAAACCAUGCAGUACAAGCGCGCAUGUACGAGAACAUGCAACUUCUCAAACUCUCCAUCGACGACAGGGUCGAGGCCGUGGUAGACAGAACAACGGAGCUCAGCGACCAGAUCAAGGUGCAGGGCGAGCGCCUGACCAUGGUCGACGAAUUCAGCAUGGAUUUGGAGAACCGGGUCGACCGAGUGGAGCAGUUUAGUGGUAUGUCGCGAGACGUAACACCCGCUGCUUCCACGCCAAAAGCACAUCUGUCAACCCCAAAGGCCUCUCCUGCCCCACCAAUGCCGCUCAUGAUGCAGUCACAGCAUACUCUUGGUCAACUUCCGAUCCGAACUGAUAAGAAAUACCCUCUGUCGUGGAGUGUUCGCGUUGUUUUCAUUCCGCGCAAGUCGCAAAGGUUCGCAUACGAUCCUGACAGCAAUGGCUACCGGCGAUGUGCCUCACGCAAGCUGUUGCAAAACCUCGAGUUCCCCAGCCAGGACAGCUCCUGUUUUGCGAAUGGCAUCGAGACUGCCUUCAAGGGCGUCUUCCGCGGUAGACCCUGGAUGCCCAUGACCGGCCAUCGCCCAGCUGACGAACCUUUCGGUCGCAUGGCGCUGACGCUUCUACCACCCGAUCUCGUUCACCGCGGCGUAUGGGACUAUCCUUUCCUAGAGGAUCACUGUAUUGCGCACGACAAGAUGCAGGGAGACAUUCUCUACAUCACCCUGCAGUAUGAAGACGUCACCUGGAACGAGAUUCGAUUUCUACCCCCAGUUACUGGUGUCGACGAGACUUGCUGGGAACACGACGAUGAACUCGACGGUACUGCUAAAUACAAGAGCUUGGACUCAGAGAUUAUGGCGCCCUCGGGACUGGACGUCCUUGCCAACUCCGCUGCUAUGCUGAGUCCGAUCGAGCGCGCUCAAACGGCAUCAUCUGUUCAUUCCUCCAGACUGAGUCCUCUUAGUCCUCUGCAGCGCGCGCCAACCCAGUCAUCGAGCCAUUCUAGCCACCCACGUUUCUCUUCCGAGCGUAGCAGCCUUCGCAGCUUCGAUACGGAAACCACUGAUGAUGAGCAUCGUGACAAGAAACCCAAGCUACGGUCGAAGCAAAGCAUGCCCAACGUGAAUGGCAACGGUCAUGCACAGCAGCCAAUGUAUGUCUCGGGCCGGUCCAAGCGUAAGAUGCCAGUGAGGGAAAAGGGCCCCAAGGAGCCCCUACACUUCAACGUUGCUGGUGUUGCAAAGGGCGGACUCAAUUUUCUGCAUCCUCGUUCUUCCAAGGGGAAAGAAGCGGCCCACAAUCCAUGA